AUGCUUAUAAAGAAGGGUUUUCCUGCUAAUGAAUGCCUAUAUAAAGUCCCCAAACCUAGUAAACAAUUUAGUUACAUUGUAGUAGUACCUGAAGAGAUUUAUAAUAACUUCAUAGAUCACAAAAAGAAAUUCAAGAAGAAGAAAUUAAAAAUUGUUAAGGAUUUAUUGCAGAGCAAUAACUCUCUGAGUCUAGAUAAAAAUAAAAUAGCAAAAAUUAAAGAUGAAAAGUCAUAG